GUUCCCGAGAGAUGUGCUAAAACAUCUUUGCAGGGAACCAAGUUUAUCAGGACUCUGGAGUGUAGAGGGAGCGAAAAGUGAUACAUUGUAGCAAGUGGUGCUGAGUGUUCUUUUUGUUCGAACGGAGCGGAUACUCCAGGCUGCCAGCCAGCUCUUACUGAGGGAAUGAGAGACUGUCUGCUCCCAGGACUGUGAUGUGACAGGCAGACUCCAGGACAUGUUCGGAUCCCCGGACACACUUUUUGGAUAAGCAGGAGAUCGUGGACUAUCUAUGUAUAUUUAAUAUCACCUUAAUUUAGUGUCCUGGUCAUGAAACUUAAUCAACAGCAAGCACCAUUAUAUGGUGACUGCAUCCUCACAGUGCGUCUUACUGAAGAAAAAGAACUGGAAGAUGGCGAUGCUGUUUUUUACCUUCUAUUUGCUGGUUCAACACUCAAUCAUUUAACAAGUACUCGGAAAGUAAACUCAGAGACCCUAGAAACAGUUACCCCAGGUCACGAUUGCUGUGAACGAGUCAAGUUGUCACUCUGUGCUUCCAAGAAUGGUUUCUCUGUUGUGGUGGCAGAAGACAGUUUUGAUUUUGUCCAGGAUGAAGCAUAUGAUUCAGCCCAGUUUUUAGCUGCGAAUGCAGGCAACCAACAAGCUCUUAUAUUUGCUAGGUUUUUAGAUCGGUCAAGGCCAUCGUCUGGUGAUGUGACUGUUCUGGAUGAGAAGAUCACACUAGCUUUUCGACAUCUGCAUUUGCCUAGUAGUUGGAAUGUUCUUGGGGAAAACCCAGUUACAAAAGAUGACCAGCUGCAGGAGACGUUGAUGCACUUUGCUGCUCGGCUGGGCUUGUGUCGAUUGUCAAAGUUUCUUCUGGAACAGCCUGGGGGACGACGAGCUCUCAAUAUACAAAAUAGCGAAGGUGCUACACCGUUGAGCCUGGCUAUGGACAGAGGCUUCCUGAGAUUAAAUCACUUGUUGACAGAAGAGGAAACUGGACAGCAGGACUUCUGUAUUGAAGACUCUCAUAUUGAGCGUUUAGGAGAAAUCUGUGUUAAGCACCACUGUAAGUUAAAUGUUUACACUCUGACCGAGAAAUCCGAACCCGAGGCUCAGACUGACAUGGAAAAAAAGAUUGAAGAAUUGAGAACCUACAUUCAAAGUCAUUCAAACUGUCCGGGUGUUUCUGUAAAUACAGAGAUGGAGUCUGUGUCAGAACAAACCACUGAUGUAUGUUCCGUUCAACACAAUGUAGAAAACAGUCUUGUUAAGAGUAUGAACUCAGUAAGUUUUUUACUCAGAGACUCGAACGAUGCUGAUACAACAGAUCUGAUUCUAGUGGAUGCUUUCAACAAAGAGGACUGUAAGAAUGAAAAAUCCAAAGAAAACUGCACUGAGUUGAAUACGUUGGAAACUCUGGGUGGAGAAGUUGCAGUGUUUUCCUUUGAAAGUAAAAAUAAAGACACAGAAACCAAAGAGGAAGAGGAGGGACUUGUACCUAUUGUAGAGGCAGAGACUAAAUCGGCUACAAGCGACCGUGUACAAAGCUCUUCCUCCGAGCCACACACUACUGGAAAUCAUCUGUCUGGUGGCAAUCCAAAUGAGGAAAUUGGAAUGACAUCAACUGCGAUUGUUUUGGCUCAAGAAGGCCUGUGUGAGAGAGAUAGUACAAGUCAGGAAAUGAUAACCGCUAAAGAAAGAUCAACUUUAAAUCCUUCAGUUGAAGAAGCUAAAAUUCAACCUAGUAAUCCACCACAAGCCAUUGAUGCAAAUAUGGGGCAGGCAAUGUCUGGUUAUUGCACCAGCAACUCGAACACUAUUGAAUCACAGAGCUGUACAGAGAACAGUGACCAGGAAACCGUCAUGACUGAGUCCCUUGUAAACCUGCUGUCUGAUGGAGAUAAGACUUGUGUAGAUGACCGUAAUGAAAAUUCAAGUCAGGAAAUGAAUGACCUGCCAUUGCUACCGUGUAGCCACUUGGAAUCUUUAGAGACAACAGAUUUCACAAAAGACAAUGGAUUUACCUUCAGUGAUGUAUCUGGUCAAGUGGAAAAUCAAUCAAAGACUGAAAUGCCACAGGAAAAAUGUGUUGACGUUCUAGAUGAAAGUUUAGAUCUUACAAGUGAAAGUGGGAUUCCUCAUGCAGUAGCUAAUAGUUAUAAUUUAGAGGACCUGCAGCCUUCAGAAGAUUUCGGUCCCAUACUCCCACCACUUCCUGAACCUUCACCAGCAGAUGUGGCCGAGACUAAGUGCAAUGUGUCAGUGAUAGAAAGUACAGAGGACGUAACUCAAAAUAUUACAGAUACUCUGGAUAUUUCUGAGAGUAAACCGCAAAUGGACUUUUUAGUAGAGGAGAUGGAACAGUCUUUCAAAAUAGUGGAAUUGAAUGAGCCAGAAAUCAAAACUGAGUCAAUUCAAACAGCAAACGAAGAAAACUCAGCGACUGUUGGAUUGUCUAGUAGCAGCUGUUUAGAAAAUACACAAUACCAGGAAACAGGUGUUAAUCAGAAGACAGAGCUUGAAGAAACGGAUGGAUCUCUUAUUACUUGUGGUCCAGAACCCUGCAACCGUAACAAUGAUAACACUGAAGAAUCGACAAACUCAGUACCUGAUGUGCUAAAUCAGUCACACACAAUUCCUAGUACAGAAUCGUGUGUAGCGGAGGUGUUGCAGGGGAUUAUAACAGAGGUGGAAACCAUUCUGUCACCAGUCUGUGUAGAAAAUAAAGAGCAACAGAUAAUGCCUUUUGUUGAAAAUGUUAAGCUUCCAUCUGCUGGUAAGACAGAGUUAUUGCAUGAUGAAAUCAAUGUAUGUGCUGAAGGCAAGUUGAAUUUAGACAGUGACACUCCCUCGCUCUUUAAUAAUAAUGAAUGCCUGCUAAACCAGGAAGUACUCUCAAAGCAUUCAGUGCCCAGCAAUGCAAGCACUGAAAUGCAGGAGUCUGUUGUGACUACAACCUGCCAGCUAAACAAUGUAUCUGCUAGCCAGCAGCAGGCCACCACCUGUGAACAAGAUAAAAAAGAAGAAAUAUCAAAUGCAGUAAAGAUUGAAACCAAUAUCCAAGGAGCUCAAGAUGAUGUAUUAUGCUUGUCUCUUUUAAACCAAACUGAAAUGCCAGAAUCUGACAUUAAUUGCCAAUUGCCAUCAGAAGAAGGAACAAAACUGUGCUUAGAUCUCAAACCGUGUACAUCGAUUAAUAACCAAGCUGAACCAAAUGAAUCUGGAUGUACAGUAGGUAAAGGUUCUGCAGAAAUGAUGGUGGAGAGCAAAGUUGAAGUUACUCAGGCCAUGUCCCCAAACGAUAUCUUGGAUCUAGGAACAUCAUGCCUUGUUUCUAGUGAGAAGGAGGAGCUUGAGGAUGUUGUCAAGGAUUCUUCAGUAGAGUACGAUUCAGAUGACGAGGAUUCUGAAAUUAAGGUCUCAAGAGCAUCAUUGCAUCCAAUAGCAGAAGAAUCUUUACUGAAUGAGGACUAUGGAGAUUCGGAUACCUCUUCUCAGAGCAGUGAUGGUGAAACCUCCUCUAGUUUAAGUGAUUCUGAUAAGACUUUAGAAUCAGAUGUAGAUGAAACCUCUACAGCCAAACAACCUGUGGAUUCUGUAGACUGCUUGUGUACAGGUGAGGCUGCUGCUGUGACUGUGAUUAAAAGUCCCAAUGGAACUCCUGAUGGAGAGGAUAUUGCGGUUUCAAGAUUAUUACCGAAUGAGUAUACUCCGUCUUUUGAUCAUCUUCAUGAUGAACUGAAUGAUGUACCAGAUUCUGGUGAUGUCAGUGGUCCACUCAAAGAUGAAGAUUCGGGUCUAGACUUAUCUGUAAACAUGGAAGAGGCUGCUGUUCACACCAUACCUAACACAAAUAUGAUCUCAGAAAACACAGCUGUUAAAGCAGAAGACGAAGUGGAUUUUGUGAAAUCGUUGGCAUCAAGUUAUAAGAUCAACAGAGAGAGCUGCUGUCCUAUAGACCCCUGUUCACACACAGACCUGCUUGGAUCAAAACAAUCAAAUGACACUGCAGAUUGCCAGCAGAUUGUGGAGGACAGGUUGGGUACAGAAAGCUCAUCUCGACAAAUGCUGACUAGGGAUUCUGUGAGUGACGCAGAUUUAAUUUGCGUGCCUCCCGAAAUCUUGGAUGAAAUGGUUUUCACAAAGCUUGAAGAACAGUCCCUCUGUGAUGCCACUAGUUCCUGUUCAUCGACAGAUGACACUACGUCUCUUGGAAGGAACUCUUCCCGCGGCAGUGAUAUUUCACUUCCGCCUGGCUUGAACUUGAAAAGGCACAAGGAUAGGCACAGCCUAGACAGCUGCUGCAGUAGUACGGUGACCGCAUCUGUGGAGGAAAGAGAAAGUGAACAUACUGAGGUAUCGGAGAUGGAAGGAGAGGAGAUGGACAGCAUUACCGAAGUUUCUGCAGCUUCAUCCAGGUCUAAGAGCUCCAUGCGCUCACUUUCUCCAUUCAGGCGGCACAGCUGGGAGCCUGGUAAACCUUCAGGCAGUGAUACAGGGAUCAAUCGCAGGAGUUCAUUGCGAGCUCUGGGGGAUGUUGUAAGGAGGCCUUCAGCUCAUAGAAGAAGUAUGAGCUGGUGUCCUUCUGAUGCACAAUACACUUCUAUUGGUGGUGACUUUAACUAUAGAAGUUACAGCCUGGAAGGUUUAGCAGGGGAUGCUGAAGAUAGUCAGAGCCCAACAAGUACACUGGAGUCUUCUAACAGCAGCUCCAGGAAUUUCCGUGGAAGACAAAAUUAUGAAGGAGAGGACAGAGGGUCCUUGGUUUCUCUCACAGAAGAAGAACAAGAAUCUGAUCAAAGAUCAAAAAGGACAUUCCAGCAGAAGGACUGCGAAAGAUCCCAUAUGCGUGGGUUAAUAUACUCCAGUUCAGCUCCACCUCCACAUUUGACGAAGUCCAUGUCACUUAGUACAAUCAGCCAUCCAACAACAGAAACUCAGGGACGGAUACGACCAAAGAGGCGAAUUUCCUUCUCCUUCAGCAUCUCUCCGCUUGUUCCUAAGUCUAAGCAUAUGUUUUCUAUUGGCUCUUCGUCCAGUGAUGAGGAGUCUGAUAACUCCCGCUCAUUAAGUAUUACAAGCAGCUCUUUGUCUCAGAGCAUAUCUGAAGAAAGUUGCAACCACUUGCCUCCAAGCCCCUCUCGCAAAGAGGAUCUAAAAGGAGGGACAAAAGUAAGCCGAACAUUUAGCUACCUCAGGAAUAAAAUGUCCAGCGGCAAAAAAACCAAGGAAAAAGAAAAAGAGAAAACAAAGGAAAAGGAUCCCAAGGAAAAAGAAAAAGAUAAAAAGACUAUAAAUGGACACCUUUUUAGCUCUAUGCCGAUCGUGGCUCCCAUUACUUGCAACAAUUGCUCCAAAGGCUUCUCUGGGAAAGAUGGAUAUCUGUGUGCAAAUUGCAACUCAAUUGUACACAAAGCCUGCAGAGAGAGCUACUUUACAUGCACAAAAUUCAAAAUGAAGAAUCAGAAGGUUCUUCAAGCGAAUGAUACCUCUUCUUUACCAGUGGUAAUGAGAAGCAAAGGCUCACAGCCGAAGGAGCGGCCUCGCUCUGCAAUUGUUGCUCCAGAUGAAAAUACAUUCUCUGCACUCAUAACCACCAGAAGGCCUCAGACACUCUCCAUUUCAAAGAGUAUAUCAACGCAGAAUAUUGCAGGGGUUGGCUGUGAUGAAAGCCUUCUGGGUACCUGGAAAUUCUUGUCCCAGUCAACGGACUCUCUGCACAAAAUUGCAAAGGUCAACGAAUCUAUGGAGUCUCUUAUUGACGAAGGGAUGGAUCUGAAUGAGGGGCAACUCAUGGGUGAUUUUGAAAUAGAUUCGAAACAACUGGAGGCAGAAUCCUGGAGUCAAGUGGUGGACAGCAAAUUCCUUCGUCAGCACAAGAAAGAUGUGGUGAAGCGUCAGGAUGUAAUCUAUGAGCUAAUGCAGACUGAAAUGCAUCAUGUACGGACACUAAAGAUCAUGAGUGACGUAUACAGCCGUGGAAUGAUGACAGAGCUGCAGUUUGAACAGACUAUGAUAGACAAGAUGUUCCCCUGUCUAGAUGACUUGUUGACUAUCCACAUUCAGUACUUCCAGCAGAUUCUUGAAAGAAAGAAGGAGUCUAUGGUUGAAAAGAGUGACAAGAAUUUUGUCAUCAAUAGAAUAGGAGACAUUCUUGUCAACCAGUUUUCGGGUGAAAAUGCAGAGCGGAUGAAGAAAACAUAUGGUAAAUUCUGUGGACACCAUAAUGAGGCUGUGAAUUACUACAAGGACAUACUUUCCAAAGAGAAGCGGUUUCAGGCCUUCAUCAAGAAAAAGAUGAGCAGUGGUGUGGUGCGGAGAUUAGGCAUACCAGAAUGUAUACUGCUGGUUACCCAAAGGAUUACAAAGUAUCCUGUUCUUUUGCAAAGGAUUCUACAGUAUACCAAGGAAAAUGAUGUGGAGCAUAAGGAUGUGGCACAAUCCCUGAAUCUGGUAAAGGAUGUGAUAACUGCGGUCAAUAGUGAAGUCAAUGAGUAUGAGAAGGAGAUACGUUUACAUGAAAUCUAUAGCAGGACAGAUAGCAAGUCUAUCCAAAGGAUGAAGAGCGGCCAGAUGUUUGCUAAAGAGGAUCUAAAACGGUGGAAGUUAAUUAGAGAUGGUUCAGUCUUCUUAAAGUCUUCAGCUGGUCGAUUAAAAGAUGUCUUGGCCGUUCUGCUGUCUGGCAUUCUUGUCUUCCUUCAAGAAAAGGAUCAGAAAUAUGUGUUUGCAUCGCUGGAUCAAAAAUCUACUGUAAUUUCCUUAAAGAAGCUGAUUGUUAGGGAAGUAGCACAUGAAGAAAAGGGCUUGUUCCUGAUAACAAUGGGGGUGAAGGAUCCAGAGAUGGUGGAAGUUCAUGCAAGUUCUAAAGAGGAACGCAACAGCUGGAUUCAAACAAUCCAAGAUACCAUGAACACAAUGCACAAAGAUGAGGAUGAGGGAGUCCCAAGUGAGUCAGAAGAAGAAAGGAGAAUAUUGGACACCAAAACAAAAGAACUUAAAGAUCAACUACAUCUGAAAGAUAAACAAAUUAUAACAUUACUGGAAGAAAAACACAAGAUUUUUCAAAGUUUGACGGACUGCUUUUUAAAUGAAGACAGCCCUCCCUCUGUCACUAGUAGGAUUUUGUUCAGAGCAAACACAGAAGAAGCUCAGAGAGGAGAACCAGUGAUGAAAAGUGCAAUGAAAGAGGUUGAAACACUUCAAACUUUAGUGAACAAGAAUUUGUGGGGCAAUGUUGGCCAGCAUAUUCCAAGUCCUGCAGAUACGGAUCCUAGUGUGGGACCCAUUUCUCUGCCCAGAAGAGCUGAGACAUUUGGAGGGUUUGACAGCCAUCAACUCAAUGCUUCAAAAACUGGCGAGAAAGAAGAUGGUGAAGACACACAGGAUCUUAGAAGAACAGAAUCCGAUAGUGUUCUGAAGAAGGGUGUGAAUGCUAGUUUGAUAUUUAAAAGGAAUAGUGAGCAAGUUCUUCAGUCUGUUACCACUCUUCAUAGCCUCCUGAGCACAUUGCAUGCGGUGGUGUUACAGCAGGACAGCUAUAUAGAGGAUCAGAAGAUGCAUCUCAGUGAAAAGGCCCUCACAAGGACUUUUUCCCGGCCAAACUCCUUGAUUGAGCAGGAAAAGCAGAGGAGCCUAGAAAAACAGAGACAGGAUUUUGCAAACCUUCAGAAGCAGCAAGCACAGCAUGUGGAAGAGAAACGCAAAAGGGAACGUGAAUGGGAUAUAAGGGAGAAGGAGCUUACAGAGCGGGAAACACGGCUAGCACAACGAGAAGAGUUGGCAAGCAAGGGCCUCCAGGAAAUGGAGCAUGAAAAGUCUGAGCUUCAAAGCAGGAAAGAUGAAUACCAACGUGACCUGGAACGUCUAAGGGCAGCCCAAAAACAACUGGAAAAGGAACGAGAACAAUUUAAGAAAGACAUGGAAGGUUUAUCUGAAAAGAAGAGAACAGAACUCAACCAGGUUUCCACUCAACAUGAUAAAAUCAGCAAAGUACCCUCACUUCCUGCUGGCAUGGAGUCCAAAUGGCAUAGCUCUGGUUCACCCAAACAGGAGCCUUCAGAAACAGAACUCUCUGCUUCACCCAAAAGAGACAGUUUGUUACGGACCGAUAGCAAGCAGAAAGGAAAAACCCACUUCCUCUGGCAUGGCACAACUCAAACUAACAAGGUAUCAAAGCCAAAGGACAAGAAAGAGAAGAAAAAGGGCAAAGGAGGGCGAUCUCCAACCACAGAUACACAUUGUGUGGCAGGAGCGACCCCAGAAGAAGAGAUUUUCUGCUGAUCCCAAUAAUCCUCUGGGCAAUCUGGACAUUAUCAGAGGAGCCUGAUCCCUUGUGUGCCAGCUGUGCUAAAUGGCACUUCUUUGGUACAUCUUUGAACUUGUUGCAAUGACUGUUCUUUCCCGGGCUUGUAUCACUUGCCUGGCAGUAGAGAAGCUUUCCUGUAUGGAGGUUCUAUACCCACGGAUUACUGUACAAGCUUUCCACAAUCAGACCACACAGACAAGAUAUGUUACAAUGCAAAUCUAAACAUUUGAUAUUGCUUCCUUCUCUUACCCUGCACCAUGUCAACAAUUAAUUCAAGGACUGCUUUUUGUGUUCAUGGCAGUUGAUUCAACUUGGAGCUUUUUUUGAAGGUUGACCCCUUUUCUUUCAUAUUACACAAUUCUCUUUGCUCAAGGUACCAGCACCUGAUUGUUCUAUUACGCUCCUGACAAAAUAGGAAGAGUGGUAAUGAUGUCUAUUUCCUAACACCAAAAACACAGAACAUCUACUUGUUGGAUGCAGUUCUGUACUCGAGCUACAAUUUGCAAUUCCACCUCUGCAUUUAUGUAGCGAUUCCAAAGGGAAUCUAAUAGGAUAUGCUUGGAAUAGAACAUUAAAUCUUAUUAUUUUUAGGAACACUGUUAACAUCUUCAGAUGGUAUUAUGAGCAGAUUAUUUUCUGGUUAAGAUUCUGCCCUUGAAAAAAAAUACAGUUAUUAAACAUCACUGCAUGCAUGCUAAAUUGGGAAUAUUAACAAUUGGGGCUUACUCUCAGAUUCAAAUUAAUAUUGAUUUAAUUAUUUUUUUUUGCCUCAAGCCUUUUAUGAGAUUGCUAAAUAUAUAUAUAUAUAUAUAUAUAUAUAUAUAUAUAUAUUAUUUCAGGUGUAUGCCCUCAUACGUAUUUGGAGCAAUUUUUUAUGACCAUGUAUACUCUCCUUUAUAGAAUCUGCCAGCAGAGGGCAGUAUAUACAUUCUAUGCAGAAAACUUACAUUUCGCAGACCAAAGUACUGUUGAAUACCAAACUCACUCCAUUUCUUUGCCUGAAUAUCAGGGAUGAUCUAGUGCACAGCUCUUGAAUAUCAGAGAAUACUUAUAAUGUAAGCAAGGCAGCCACUAUGAAAUAGUCUAAUAUCAGUCACAGGUCUCCAUUCCUUCAUUGACUACCACUUUACUAAAGCCUUUCUACACUGUGAUCUCUUAGCAAACAGUAUGCAACAAUUCUCCCAGGGUAGAGGAAGGUGGGUCAAUCCCCCUAAAUUACACUCUUUUACACCGACUCUAUACAGAAAUUGACAAAUUAAAAAGAAAACUAGCUUUAUACCCACUUUAAAUGUUUUAUUUAACAUCACAGUUACACAGCACUUUUACAAAGUGAGCAUUAAGCUGCACGCUGUGUUCUAUAAGCCCUCUGUAACUCUCGGAUUUCCAUCAUUGUGCAGAGUCUGAUCUUUCAUUUCUCUUCCAAAUGGGAAGAAAUAUAUUUUUGAAAUUAAUGUAAAUUCUCCCCUACAGCAUUCUACUUUUUAAAAUUUAUUUUAUUUUUGUGAGUGGGCUAUUAUUGCUUUUUUGUAGACACUGUGCAAGUAUCUCUUAUUUGAUGAGCUUGUACUGGAAGCCAUUCUUUUUAUUUGUACUCGUGUACCACUAUUCUUUAAGCAGGUGAUCAGGCUAGCUCUGGAAUCUAACAUUAGAGUUUAUGAGUUGCCACAUUUUUAUAAGUGCAGCCACCUAUAUAUUCUAAAAGUGCUUCAACAUAACUAGGCCUAUUCACUAAACAAGGAGAUAUCUUAAUUUAAGAGAGCUGGGAAAAAUCUAUUGAAUUGGAGAUAGUUUUUCAAAUUUGGGUAUUUCAUAGGAAAUAUUGCAGUCACAUGUCAUGUUAACGCAAGGUACUGUUGUGUUUGUAGUCUGCUUGCUUGUUACAGUCUGCUUUAUGUUCAACUGAUACGUGUUCUGUGGUUUUAGGAAGAAAUGGGGUCUUCUACAUUCAGUGUUUAAAUUAGGGCAGUCACAUCUCUUAGAGCAAAACUGAAACUUGUUCUCAAUUGUUAACCCCAACUUAACUGCAUCAGAAUUAAGUUUUAUUAUGUGUUUAUAUGUAUUAAAUCCUAGUCCUACAUAUACAGUCUAUUGAAUCAAUUGGGAAACUGCGAUUGCAGCUCCUGUUGUUGUUGGAGCACAAUCCCCAUUAUUAAUUAAUUGUUGUCCAACAAGCAGUUUGCCCACCAUUCUAGAGGUUUGCAAACUACAUAUGUUCGGUUUCUUUUUUUCUUUUUUUUUUCUUCAUCUCCCUUGUUCUACGGUUUCCUCUGCUUAAAAAAAAAAAAAAAAAAAAGAA